UUAAACUGUGGUCUCUGGAGAUCAAAGUCACCUCACCGUCUCAUUAACCUUCACUUGGCAUCCUUAAAGGAGAUAAUGAGCCCUGUGUUUGUACUGAGACUUCGCUAGGACAGAUAGAGCACACUGUCCUGGGAGCCCUGCCUCCCCACCGUGGUCACAACUUGCAGCAAGGAACUAAUCUGGUUGACAUCUCUCACUUUAUGAGAGUUGUGGUGUGGUCCUUGGGCCGUGGCAUCAGCAUCACCUAGGAGUCUUCAGAAAUGCAGAAUCUUGGACCCCUCCCUAGAUCAACUGAAGUAGAGUCUACAUUUUAUCACGAUCCCAAGGUCAGGAGAAUAUGUUCUGGAGCUAGACUGUCUGGGUUCACGUCCUGACUCUACCCUUGUCACUGAAUGGUGCAAUGCCAGUUAUUUCAACUCUCUGCCUCAGUUUCCUCACUUAUAGUAUGCAGAGGAUCAUAACUGCCCCUACCUCUCAGGUCACUAUGGAAAGAGAAGAAGGAAUGGAAAGCAACGUGGGUUUCUGAGAGGACAGGCCUGGAAGAAGCAUGCAUCACUACUGCUGACAUCCGUGGACUCGAUUUCAGUCACAGAGGUUUCGUCUUAAUUGCGGAAAAAGUGACACAGCUGCACUAUAGAAAAAAUGAGAGACUGACAAAGAAGUUGCAUAACUUUUCCAAUGUCGUACAACUGGGUUUGGGAUCCAGAUGAUUCACCUCCAGAACCCUGGCCUUCACCAUACUGAGGGAACAACAUUGAAAGGAUGGACAGAAGCAGAGGCAGAGAUGCCUUAAAGCAUCUGAUGCCUUUGGGAGGAGGAGCGUUCAAGCUGUGCUCCCUGUCCUUCUUUGGGUCUGGAAGGAGAACUUAGCCCUGUAUAUGCAGAAGCAAACAAUGUGGAGACUUUAGGUGUGGAAAUUCUGCAGGAAAAUUGACAGGAAAAUUCUCUCUGAUUCCACUAAUUGGUGUAGACACGUGUGGCCGUCUGCACUGUAGGAUCCCGGUUCUAUAAGCUUUGGACUCCCUGGGAUUACCAUGCCGCCCCCCGCGGACAUCGUCAAGGUGGCCAUAGAAUGGCCGGGCGCCUACCCCAAACUCAUGGAAAUCGAUCAGAAAAAACCACUGUCUGCAAUAAUAAAGGAAGUCUGUGAUGGGUGGUCCCUUGCCAACCAUGAGUACUUUGCACUGCAGCACGCCGAUAGUUCCAACUUCUAUAUCACAGAAAAGAAUCGCAAUGAAAUAAAAAAUGGCACUAUCCUUCGAUUAACCACAUCUCCUGCUCAAAACGCCCAGCAGCUCCAUGAACGAAUCCAGUCGUCAAGUAUGGAUGCCAAGCUGGAAGCCCUGAAGGACUUAGCCAACCUCUCCCGGGAUGUCACAUUUGCCCAGGAGUUUAUAAAUCUGGAUGGCAUCUCUCUCCUCACGCAGAUGGUCGAAAGCGGCACCGAACGGUACCAGAAAUUGCAGAAGAUCAUGAAGCCUUGCUUUGGAGACAUGCUGUCCUUCACCCUGACAGCCUUUGUUGAGCUGAUGGACCAUGGAAUAGUAUCCUGGGAUACGUUUUCAGUGGCGUUUAUUAAGAAGAUAGCAAGUUUUGUCAACAAAUCGGGCAUGGACAUCUCAAUCCUGCAACGGUCCUUGGCCAUUUUGGAGUCAAUGGUGCUCAAUAGCCAUGACCUCUACCAGAAGGUGGCUCAGGAGAUCACUAUUGGACAACUUAUCCCACAUCUUCAAGGGACAGAUCAAGAAAUCCAAACCUAUACCAUUGCAGUGAUUAAUGCACUUUUCCUGAAGGCUCCUGAUGAGAGAAGGCAGGUUGGUGUAGAGAGCAGUGUUGACAUCCUUGAUUGUCCUCUGACUGAGAUGGCGAAUAUUUUGGCUCAGAAGCAGCUUCGUUCCAUCAUUUUAACAAAUGUUAUCCGAGCUCAGAGAGCCAUCAACAAUGAAAUGGCACACCAGCUGUAUGUGCUACAGGUGCUUACCUUUAACCUUCUAGAAGACAGGAUGAUGACCAAGAUGGACCCCCAGGACCAGGCUCAGAGGGACAUCAUAUUUGAACUUCGAAGAAUCGCUUUUGAUGCAGAGUCUGAACCUAAUAACAGCAGUGGCAGCAUGGAGAAACGCAAGUCCAUGUACACACGGGAUUAUAAAAAACUUGGCUUCAUUAAUCAUGUCAACCCUGCCAUGGACUUUACCCAGACCCCUCCUGGGAUGUUAGCCCUGGACAAUAUGCUGUACUUUGCCAAGCACCACCAGGAUGCCUACAUCCGGAUUGUGCUUGAGAACAGUAGCCGGGAGGAUAAGCAUGAAUGUCCCUUUGGCCGCAGCAGCAUAGAGCUGACCAAGAUGCUGUGUGAGAUCUUGAAAGUGGGCGAGCUGCCUAGUGAGACCUGCAACGACUUCCACCCAAUGUUCUUCACCCAUGACAGAUCCUUUGAGGAGUUUUUCUGCAUCUGUAUCCAGCUCCUGAACAAGACAUGGAAGGAAAUGAGGGCAACUUCUGAAGACUUCAACAAGGUAAUGCAGGUGGUGAAGGAGCAGGUUAUGAGAGCUCUCACAACCAAGCCUAGCUCCCUGGAUCAGUUCAAGUGCAAACUGCAGAACCUGAGCUACACCGAGAUCCUGAAAAUCCGCCAGUCUGAGAGGAUGAACCAGGAAGAUUUCCAGUCUCGCCCGAUUUUGGAACUAAAGGAGAAGAUUCAGCCAGAAAUCUUGGAGCUGAUCAAACAGCAACGCCUGAACCGCCUUGUGGAAGGGACCUGCUUUAGGAAACUCAACUGCCGACGGAGGCAAGACAAGUUUUGGUACUGUCGACUUUCACCCAACCACAAGGUUCUGCAUUAUGGAGACUUGGAAGAAAGUCCUCAGGGAGAAGUGCCCCACGAUUCCUUGCAGGACAAAUUGCCGGUGGCAGAUAUCAAAGCGGUGGUGACGGGGAAGGACUGCCCUCAUAUGAAAGAGAAAGGUGCCCUUAAACAAAACAAGGAGGUGCUUGAACUUGCUUUCUCGAUCUUGUAUGACUCAAACUGCCAGCUGAACUUCAUAGCUCCUGACAAACACGAGUACUGUAUCUGGACAGAUGGGCUGAAUGCGCUGCUGGGGAAAGACAUGAUGAGUGAGCUGACCCGGAAUGACUUGGACACCCUGCUCAGCAUGGAAAUCAAGCUCCGCCUCCUCGACCUGGAAAACAUUCAGAUCCCCGACGCACCUCCACCCAUCCCCAAGGAGCCCAGCAACUAUGACUUCGUCUAUGACUGUAACUGAAGUGGCCGGGCCCAGAAGCACCCCCUCCAAAACUGGAAAAUCUAGCUAAUGGGAGAGAAGAAUGAAAACACACCCACGCCUUGGAACCCUCUCGCGGUCAAGAGAAGCUGUGGGUCAACACUUUCUUUGGCCUCACCUCUAGCCCCAGCGUUCUUCUGCCCCUACCUGGCAUCCUGCUCACUGCCCUGAUUCUGUUUCUAGACUCCACUGCUUUAGGUCACUUCCCAUGCUACAGUCUACUGGUGGGAGCAGAGCAAAACCCACCGCCAAUAAGAGAUCCAAAGGGCCCUUCCGUCCUAUCCCCCAUCAGGCACAUCCUCCCUCCCCGGAAUGUGCAAGCCGGCAGCUCCAGACUGCCCCCAAACCUGCCCUCCAGACGGAAGGGAGUGCCCCAGUGCUUGCAUCUGGAAGAAACAGCCUAGCUUCUCGAGAAGACCAAACACCACCUCCUCGUUCCCUUUCUCUCUAGAGUCCGCUCACACCACCAGUUCCGUGUGAAUUGAAAUAGCUUCCAAAUCCCUUCCCUCCUCCGUCCAGGCCUUUGCCUCGUGCUGUUCCUCUCUGGUCCCAAGAGCAGCAGCAGCAGCCUCGUCCUAGCUUUCGCCAGCACCGGGUCUCCCGGACACAGUCCCAGGUCCCAUGCCCACUUCACAUCUGCACUGUGACUGUGACCUACCUUCCUUCCUCGCCAGCUAGUCUUGGGUGUCCUCUCUCUGCCCCAGCCCACACCUGCCUUCUUCAUGCCUCACACCCUUCCGGCCCCUUCGCUGAAAGCACAAAUGGUGAAAUCAGUUGUCGUCCCCAUCUCUAAUAUACUAAACCUAAUGCCUCUGUGGCAGGCGGCCCCUGUCUAAAGGUUUGGUGUUACCUUGUGCUGGGGGUUCUGCUGCAAACAGGCUCCACGGGAUGGUCAAGCUGUCAGACAUCCAAGUUUACAUCACUGUAAUUAUUACAAGUAUUGACAAUUUGCAAGGGUUUGGGGUUGUUGUUUUUUUGUUUUUUUUUUUGUUUGUUUGUUUGUUUUUGCUUUGUUUUUGUACAAAAGAGUCUAACAUUUUUUUGCCAAACAGAUAUAUAUUUAAUGAAAAGAAGAGAUACAUAAAUGUGUGUACUUUCAAGGUUUUUUUUAAUUAUUAUUUUAAUCCUGAACAUCUUCCUGAGAAUAACAUUCCCUUACACAUGCUGUGGAAUAAAAUUAAUUGUGAUGA